CUGCCUUUCCACCUCCUACCACCACCAUUCCGCCAGAACGCGCUCAGGCACAAUGGACACGGGAUAUGGAAAAGGUGAAGCCGAUCCCUCCAGCGGGUUCGCAUCACGGGCCAUGCACUCAAUGGCAGCCACCGUCCGUCCGUUCGUGUCGAAGCGAGCUCUCAAGGCAUAUUUGGGCAUCAUUAUCUUUCUGUUUACGGCCAUCUUCAUGAUCUUCAUCUCGACCGUCGCGUACGGGAUCUUUUACUACCGGUUCAUUCCCCAGGUCGGCCUCGAACGCAUUGUACACUUGCAGUUUGGCGACGGAUACCCUUGGGGAACCGCAUCACUAGGUUCCGGCCUGGUUUCGUCCCAGCCAUACGACGUGCAGGUGGAACUCGAAUUACCACGGACACCCUCCAACCUCGCCGCGGGGAAUUUCAUGCUCGAUCUGGCCCUCCUCUCCCGCCCAUCUGCGUCCGCCGAAACGGGCUUGAAUACCUCGGUGGCCGCCCUCUCCCAAUCGCGCCGUCCUGCGAUCCUUACAUACGCGUCGCCCUUGGUGGACACUGCUAGCAAACUCUCCUUCAUGCCCUUUUACGUGCUAGGAUGGCACCGAGAAGCGGAAACACUGCAGGUGCCGAUGAUGGAACGGGUUCAGUUUGCUCGCGGAUGGCGUAACCUACCGGAUAGCUUGCGCUUGGAGAUCCAUAGCUCUGAGACAAUGCAAGUGUACAAGGCCAAGGUGAUGUUCAGGGCGCGGUUCACGGGAUUACGGUGGGUGAUGUAUAAUUGGAGACUCACGUCAUUUGUCGUCUUUGGGUGCUUGUUCUGGAGUGUCUCCAUGGUCUCGGCGGGAGUCGUGUGGGUCAUCCUGGCUACGCUUCUGAGCGGCGGUGGUGAACCGCCUCGGGCUGUUGUCAAGGCGGAGGAUCGCAGUGGCACACCCAUCAAGGCUGAGGAGGAUGACGAGCCGAUCUUCCCUGCAGAGAUACCGGAAUCGUCCAGCAAGGCACCCAAGAUCAAGAGGGAUGAAGACUCGGAAGAAGAGGAGGUAAAGGAGGAAGAGGAAGAGGAGGAGGCGGUAAAGGAAGAGGAAAGUGAGGCAUUGGCAGAAGCAGAAGCAGAAGCAGAAGAGGACUCGCGAGAGGACCGAGGCGAAGGGCCUUCGGGGGCUGCUGGCAUUGGCACGGCGGUGGAGAGUGCUCAUGCCCGAGGCGUGCAAAGACGACGAAGCCAUCACUUCCGAGACAACCAGGCAUAGGGGCAGGGCUAGGAGGCCAUGUAGUAGUCAUUCCUUUAGUUAGAGAUACCCCAAGUAGUACAUAGCGCAGCUGAAUGACGAGCGAAUUAGCGU